AGGAAGGCAAGGAGGGAGCGAGGGCAGGAGGGAGCGUUGCAGGCAGUGAACAGGAAGAUCAGAGAGCAGACGACAAGAGCAGGAGUGAGGUCUUCGUUCUAGCGCGCGGCAGCCAUGCUUCAGUUGCAGGGACCGGCUCCUAGCCUGUCUCUCAUCCCUCAACCUUCCGCGCUCGACAGGCUCACACUCAUGCGAGGAUGCUCAAUCAUCGACAGGACGAGGCACAGGUGCAGCUCAAGGGGAUCAAGGCUCGAAUGCAGGAUGCAAGGAACAAGUGACCCUGUGAGCAGGAGGCGACUGCUGCAGGUGGUUCUUGGGGCACUGGUAUCGUCCACCGUUCUCUUGAGGCAGGACGCGAACGCUGCAACAACCACAAAGGUCUGGGGAGCAGCAGAGCUUGACUUCUGGGUUUACAUCUGCUCCGCCACAGGCAAAUUCUGUCCAGAGAUGACCAAAGUUGAAAUCAGCCCAGCAAGGAAGGUCGACAGGGAACUGGCAGAAGCUUUACACUCCAUUCCCCGUCAGGUGUUUGUCGAGAUGACGGGCAGGAAGGUGCAGGAGCUAGACGCCUCCGUCGACAGCGAUCGAGAGCUGGUCCUGUCACUGUUCCAGAAGCGGGUCUCCUUCGACCCCUCCGACCUGACAGACCAGUACUCGUUGGACUUCGACUCCUACCUGGUUUGGAAGUCGCUUGCGAGGAUCUUGCCAUCCAACGAGGAGAGGAGAGUGUUCCAGCGACAGGUGGCAAAGCGGAUGCUCGAGCAGCUGACCAGACAGGGGGCCUCUGCCGUUUUCUACAACUCGGUGGAGGAAGGGCCAGAGAAAGCCUUUCAAGGCUGUAGUUCCCUCCUGGCUCUGCUCAAGUCGACUGGUUUCCUCGAAGCCUCUAACGUGGAGGUCGGAGACUUUGACGUCAAGUACUGGAAGUCCGACAGCCCUCCCACCACGCUGACGGUGACGAUCGACAAGCCGGUCACGUUGCAGGCGAAUCUUCAGCUUGGGGGGGAGGGGACUGGGUUUAAGCCGGAUGUGAUCGAGAACAUGCUGGCUGUCUAUUUGGAGUCUUGCGGGAUGCUGGUGGACUGGGUGAGCUACUUCAUCGACCCGACCUACCGGCCGAACCCGGACGACUAUCAGCCAUCGCAGGUGCUCUGCCAAAUAAACGUCCGACCGCGACCAACGUGAGGAGGAGGCAGGAUGAACGCUCCUACUAUCGCCCCUGAUCCUUCUGAACCCUUUCUUCAUUGAAAACCCGGCACACUG